UGCGCACUGCGCGUCCCGGCCUGUCAGUGGCAGUCAGAUGGAAACGUAGGCAAUAAAUUUGGUGAGGUCAUGUAUUUUUAAGCCGCGCAACCGAAUAAAUGAUCCUUCAGCAGCGGCAUAAACAAAUAGCCCGCAGCCCCGGAACAUUUCACCGCUGAACGAACAGCCGGGGGAUCGAUAGUUUGAUGAUUUGAUGACAGAGAGGACAUUUUUGGAUGCACAGAAGGCAGUAAUCAAAGAUUUCACCAUGAAUAAAAACAAGAGAGAAAAGGAGUUCUAUAGUGUCGAUGUGGGGGAUUCAACGUUCAUGGUGCUGAAGCGAUACCAGAAUUUAAGACCCAUUGGAUCAGGAGCGCAGGGUAUCGUCUGCUCUGCUUAUGACCAAAUCCUUGAAAGAAAUGUUGCCAUCAAGAAGCUGAGUCGGCCAUUUCAAAAUCAGACCCAUGCCAAGAGGGCGUACAGAGAGCUCGUCCUAAUGAAAUGUGUCAAUCACAAAAAUAUCAUCGGUCUGUUAAAUGUAUUUACACCACAAAAAUCAUUAGAAGAAUUCCAAGAUGUAUACUUGGUGAUGGAGCUGAUGGAUGCCAACCUGUGCCAGGUCAUACAGAUGGAGCUGGACCAUGAGAGGCUGUCCUAUCUGCUCUAUCAGAUGUUGUGCGGCAUAAAACACCUCCAUGCUGCGGGCAUCAUUCACAGGGACCUCAAGCCCAGUAAUAUAGUUGUCAAGUCAGAUUGCACACUGAAGAUUUUAGACUUCGGCUUGGCUCGGACGGCUGCCACGGGCCUCCUGAUGACACCAUAUGUAGUUACCCGCUACUACAGAGCACCAGAGGUUAUCCUGGGCAUGGGCUACCAAGCCAAUGUGGAUGUAUGGUCAGUGGGAUGCAUUGUGGCUGAGAUGAUCAGGGGAAGUGUCUUGUUCCCUGGCACUGAUCACAUUGACCAGUGGAACAAGGUAAUUGAGCAGCUGGGCACUCCAUCUCAGGACUUUCUAAUGAAGUUGAACCAUUCAGUAAGAACGUACGUAGAAAACAGGCCUCGCUAUGCUGGAUACAGCUUUGAGAAACUCUUCCCAGAUGUUCUCUUCCCUGCUGACUCUGAUCACAACAAACUGAAAGCAAGCCAAGCUAGAGAUCUCUUAUCCAAGAUGUUAGUAAUUGAUGCCUCCAAGCGCAUUUCUGUUGACGAGGCCCUGCAGCACCCCUAUAUCAACGUUUGGUACGAUCCUGCUGAAGUGGAAGCGCCCCCGCCAAAAAUCCCAGACAAACAGCUGGAUGAAAGGGAGCACACCGUGGAAGAGUGGAAAGAGCUAAUUUAUAAGGAAGUGAGCGAAUGGGAGGAAUGGACAAAGAACGGUGUAAUAAGAGGCCAACCACCUCCUUUAGGUGCAGCAGUGAUUGACAGCCCUCCUCAGCCCACAUCUUCUUCUUCCUCUUCCUCUUCGGCCAAUGACGUCUCGUCCAUGUCCACAGAGCCCACUGACCCAAGCAGUGACCCCACCAUGACCUCUGAAACAGACAGCAGCUUAGACGGUCACACCUCUUUGGGUGCGCUGGCCUGCUGCAGAUAACGUACACACACAAUACAUGUACACAUAACACAGAAACAAGUCUUUUCUCAUCAGUACGUGUGAUGGGAGACGGUUUAGGCCAAUGAAACUGAUCAUAGUUUGUAGAGCUGCGCUUUUUUAUGUACAGGUUGUUUUUAUUUCUCCUUCUCCCCCAUAAAGCUGUAAAUGAUUGUGGUUUGAAAUUGUACCAUUAUUACUGUAUUUUUGCUGCAGAGAGUUUUGACGUGAAACUGUGAUGAAUGUUAUGAAAGAGAGGGAUCUGAUGGCUGUUUUUUUUAGCUACUACUACAAAUUCAGAUGCCAUACCGUUAGCACUGCAAUAUUAUGUUGAGUAUAUUUUUGUAUAGUUUUCUGUUUUGUUUUAUUUGGACAUUUGAAUGAACCUACACUAAUGCUGUCUAACAACAGACUAUAGCACUCUUCAUCUUGGAUCUUAAUGCAAAUGGAUGCUUUUAUUUUGGUAUUGUUCCUCAUCUUUUUUGUGGAAAGCGUCUCUUGAUGCAUCCAAGUUAACGUUAUUUAAUUUUUUUCUGUGUCACCUCUGAUUGUGUGAAUCUCGGCUAUGCCCUGACGCAGUUCCCUUUUUUACUAUAGCACACUGUAAACUGAUUGUAUUCUGACUCAUUCUUUUACUUAGAUGUAAUUUGUAGUUGACGGUCUGUUGGAUGAACAAAAACUGGAUGAAAGGAAAGUGAAUAGAAAUGUGGAAUAGUAAGGAGUGAGUGUUUACUGUUACCACUGUAUCAACCCUACUGGCUAGAAUGAGUGCUGUUUUGGGGACUGUCACCAGAGACUGAAGUCUAAAUUAGUCACUUUAUCCUACUGUCUGAUAUUAUCUACAGCUGUCUGAUAUUUAAGAUAUUUAAUUUAAGUGUCCUUACUCAGUUCCAUGAUUUUUAGUUCUCUCCAUUGCAGAUGCCCCUCUCAUCUGUGGCGCAUCUUUCUGAGUUCUACCUCACACAUGCACUCACUCAAACACGUUUGUGAAGAUACAGUAUCAUGGCACACAUCGUUUUGACAGAAAUGCAAAAAAAAAGGAAAAGAUACAUUUUUUUUCUCUGUAUUUUAUUUAUUUGUUUCAAGCAGGAGGCAUUGUAUGUAAUGUACAUUUCAUCCAGAAGCACUAUUUAUAUGCAUUUUGUUUUCUGUGCAGUAUAAUUCAUGAAUUAGUAUAGUUAGUGACUGAUCUGUACAUUUUACUGUAGAUGUACUGUAUGUAUGUUUUUCAAGAGUCAGGAAACAGACAUUUGCUUCCUGCCAUGAUAACUUUUUUGUAUAAGAAGGCUCAAAUUCCCACAAUGUCCUUUUUGCCUUUUUUCACUGUUGGGCACUCCAGGCAGUAACCCCUAGCAUCACCUCCCAGAAUGCACUUUGGGGAAUGUGACGCAUGUCCUGACCCUUUACUUGGCCACAGUUCAGCUAACUGUUGUGGCUUUUUUUUCUGUGAUUUUGCCCCUUCGUCAUGUUCUUAGAAAUAAAACCAGUAGAAGAGA